AUGACCGCCCUCAAAACUAUCCGCCCCAUCCCAGAAUUCCCUCUCCAGGGUAUCCUUCCCAAGGAGGAAACCGAGGCUGCUUCUUACUUGAAGAAAUACCCCAACUAUGAUGGACGCAACACCAUCAUUGCCAUCCUCGAUACCGGUGUCGAUCCAGGUGCCGCCGGUCUUCAGGUCACCUCGGAUGGCAAGCCCAAGAUUGUUGACAUUGUCGACUGCUCCGGCUCAGGAGACAUUCCCACCACCACUAUUGUCAAGCCCACAGAGAAUGACGACGGCAUCCCUGUCAUCACCGGUCUCACCGGUCGCAAGCUCCACUUGAACAAGGACUGGAAGAACCCCUCGGGCGAAUUCCGCGUCGGAAUCAAGCGUGCCUACGAUCUUUUCCCCAGCGACCUUGCUGACCGCAUCAAGGAGGAACGUCUGGCUGAAUUCCAAAAGAAGCACUUCUUGCUCGUUGCCAAGGUUCAGGAGGAGCUCGCUGCUUUCAUCAAGGCACACACCACCUUGACUGAGGAGAAUCAGCGCACCAAGGCCGACUUGAACGCCCGCCUCGAUGUCCUCAAGGACUCGCUCAAGAACUUUUCUGAUCCUGGCCCAGUGUACGACUGCGUUGUCUUCCACGAUGGCAACGUAUGGCGCGCAGCUGUUGAUGCCAAGGAGGAUGGAGAUCUCCAGGAUGCCCCUCUGUUGACCAACUACAAGACCGAACGCCAGUAUGCCACCUUCAGCAACCAGGACAAGUGCAACUACAGCGUCAACAUCUACGAUAACGGCAACAUGCUCAGCAUCGUCGUCAUCGCCGGCUCCCACGGUACCCACGUUGCCGCCAUCACCGCCGCCAACCACCCCGACGAGUCCGCCCUCAAUGGUGUUGCCCCCGGCGCCCAGAUCGUCUCCAUUAAGAUCGGUGACUCGCGCUUGGGAAGCAUGGAGACCCAGCACGCUUUGACCCGCGCUGUCAAGGUCAUAAUCGACGACAACUGCGAUCUCGCCAACAUGUCCUACGGUGAGGCUUCCAGUUACCCAGAUAUCGGACGCUUCGUCGAGCUCAUGCGCGAGGAGGCUGUCGGUCGUCACGGAUGCAUCUUUGUCUCCUCUGCCGGUAACGCUGGACCUGCUUUGAGCACCGUUGGCUCCCCCGGUGGUACCUCCUCGGGUGUUGUCAGUGUUGGUGCCUUCCAGAGCCAGGCCAUGCAGCAGGCUGAGUACGCCCUAUUCGAGGCUGUCCCUGAGAGACCCUACACCUGGUCUUCCCGCGGUCCUACUCUGGAUGGUGCUGUCGGUGUUGAUAUCUAUGCCCCCGGUGCCGCCAUCACCUCGAUCCCCGAGUACGAGCUCUCAAAGUUCCAGCGCAUGAACGGUACCUCGAUGAGUUCUCCCAACGCCUGCGGUUGCAUCUCGCUCAUCCUCUCCGGUUUGAAGGGCGAGAAUAAGGCUUACACUCCUUACCGCGUCCACCGCGCUCUUGUCAACGCCGCCAAGGACAUUCAGGACCAGUUCCGCGUCGGUUUCUUGCAGGUUGAGAAGACCUUUGAGCAUUUGUUGACCUACCACGCCUACGACGAGCAGGAUGUCACCUACAAGAUCCAGAUUGCUGAACGCGAGAAUGCUCGCGGUAUCUACUUGAGAGAGUGGGAGGAGUGCAACAAGGCUCACACCUUGACCGUCAAGGUCGAGCCCAAGUUCAUGAAGGACAUCGACUACACCAAACCUGACAUCAACGAGAAGAAACUCGCCUUCGAGUGCCGCAUGGCCCUCGUCGCCACCGAGAGCUGGAUCCGUGUCCCCGACUUUUUGUUCAUGAACGGUGCUCUCCGUCAGUUCGAAAUCAAGGUCGACCCUACCCAGUUGACUGCCGGUGCGGCCCACUUUGCCGAGAUCCAAGCCUUUGACUCUGCCUGCCCUGCUCGCGGCCCUGUUUUCAGCAUCUACGUCACUGUCGCGAAGCCCCUUGAGCUGACCACCCAGUCCUACAUCAAGUUCGAGAACGUUCAGUUCGGACCCGGCCAUAUCGAGCGUCGCUUGAUCCGCGUUCCCGCCGGAGCCACUCACGCCGAGGCUGUCAUUCGCAGCGCCGGCGGCGUCAAUGGUGCCCAGCUGUCGGCCAAGUUUGUUGUCUAUGUCGCUCAGUUGAUUCCUCAGCUCCGCAACGACCACACCAACCGUGGCUACAUGGUCCGCCUCGGCAAGGGAAGCUACGGCGAGGCUGGCGCAGAGGAGCAGUCCGAGACCAAGCGCUUCUCGGUCGAUGGAAACCACACCAUGGAGCUCUGCUUGGCCCAGUACUGGGACAGCCCCGGCGCCCACUCGGUCACUGUUGACGUUACCUUCCACGGCAUUCAGAUCUCUGGCGCCUCGAGCGGACCCCGCUCCGUCUUUAUCAACGGUGCCGACCAUGUCACCCGCUUCCAUGUUGCUGCGCCCAUUCGCCGCGAGGAAGGUCUCUCUCCCAGCAUCACCUUGGAUACCCUCCGCAAGAUCGUCCGUCCCUCGGAGAGCGUCAUCAAGCCCUUGGUCCGUGAUCGCGAUGCUCUUCCCAACUCGCGCCUCAUGUACAACUUGAUAUCGUCCUAUGCUUUCAAGGUCGAGGGUUCUGGCAAGGAGACCGUCACCGUCUCGCCUCGUUUCCCCUCGCUGAACAACCUCUUGUACGACUCUCCCCUCGAGAUGUUCUUGAUUGUCUCGGAUGUCAACAACAAGGUCGUCGGCUUUGGCGAUGUCUAUGUCAAGAAGUUCAAGCUCCCCAAGGGCGACUACACCCUUCGUCUCCAGCUUCGUCAUGAGAGCGAGGAGACCUUGGAGAAGCUCCGCCACCUCCCUGGAGUCUUUGACUUUUCGUUGGCCAAGUCACAGUCGCUCGAGGUCUCUGGCAACUGGCCCGAUGCCUUGGUCAGUAAGAAGACUGCCUUCCCUAGCGUCUUGGAGCGUGGUGAUACCAAGGCCGCCUUUGUGGUUUCGUCCUCGGAGCACCCCAAGGGUGCCAAGCCCGGCGACUUUUUGGUUGGUCAGUGGAACUGGGGCGGUCCCCGUGUCGAUGGCAAGCCCAUUGCCCGUGUUGUCUACGCCGUCGCACCCGAGCAGAUCCCCAUCAAGGAGGAGACGACCGAGUUGGAGGAGGAGAUCAACGUUACUCGUCAGUUGUCAGAGCAGGUCCGUGAUGCCCAGAUUGCCUGGUUGAAGAAGAGCACCGGUUACAAGGCUGACAAGGACAAGGAGGCUGCUGCUGUUGCCAGAGAGGAGUUGAUUGCCCAGCUUGAAGCUGCUGGCCAUGGCUCGCACUUGCCCUUCUUGUUGGCCCAGUUGGAUGUUGCCUUGGCCUUGGCUGAGAACGCUGAGGAGUCCCUCAAGGACGAGAAGUGGAAGGAGGUCCUCGCUGCUUCUGACAAGAUCACUGCUGCUAUUGACCAAGCCGAAUUGGCCCAGUUCUUUGGUCUCAAGCCCAUUGUUCUUCACGGCAAGGCCGAGGCUGAGCAAAAGAAGCUCAAGAAGGAGAAGGAGGAGGCCAAGAGUGCUUUGAUUGCUGCCUUGAAGGCUCGUGCCGUCGCCUUGGUUGCCCUCAAGGAGGACUCGGAUGAGGCCUACAACAAGCUGAGCCAGUGGAGCGAGGGAACUGGAGUGACUGACUGGAAGUCUGUUAAUGUCUACCUCGCACGCGAGCGCAAGCAUGGACGUCUGGGUCUUGCCCUCCAACGUGUCAACAGCUGGUUGAGCGAGCAGGGUGGUGGAAGCAAGGACGGCGCUAGCAACAUCAAGGCUGCCCUGUCGACCCGUCGUGAUCUCUUACGCGAGUUGAACUGGUCUGUCUGGGAGGAGUAUGAGCUUAGCUGGGACGGUAUCCGCCUCCCCAAGGGCCCUGCUCCUUUCUAA